GGAUCCCCAAGCUAACUAGUCUUUUUUUGGUUAAAUUAUUUAAAUGGAUAUUUAAAAAUGAAUUUGUUAAUCUAUGGGUUUACUUUUUUUAGCAGUUUAUUAAUAACUGAUGCUGGCUAUGGAUAUUCGCCUAGUGUACAGUAUCCAGAUACAGGUGUAGAAACACCGCAGUAUGGAAAUCCGUAUGUGAAUAAACCAUGGUCCUCCAAAACUGGAAGAAACUAUGGGGGCACCCUAACGGCGCGGAGGAAGACUUACAGCGGAACUAAGACCAGUUAUAAAGGUGGAACUAAGAACCCGAGUUAUGGUGAAAAAAGAACAUGGGAGGGCAGUGCCCAACAGUCCUACGUCAUGUUUAAGAACAAUACAAAAAUGAUUUUUGGUGCUAAGUGUGAAAUAGAGUGCAAGAACAACGGAAUCUGCGUGGACACGAAUACGUGUCAUUGCCCGCCGAACUUUACUGGGAAAUAUUGCGAGUUCGAAAACAAGCCGUGUCUAGCGUUUCCACCGCUGCCCAUGAAUUCUCACAGAAAAUGUUCAGCAGAGACGUGCACAAUCCAGUGUAUGGAAGGUCACAAGUUCAUAGACGGCUCGAGUGUGGCGAACAUGCGCUGUGUAAACGGACGCUGGGAGCCGACACGAGCGGACCUCACGUCGAUUUCCGACUGCGAACCGCAGUGCGAGCCGCCGUGUCGCAAUGGGGGAGUCUGUUUGGCGGUUGAUACUUGUCAGUGCCCAUCUGACUAUAGGGGACCACAGUGUCAAUAUGACGUAAGCGCGUGCGACAUCCGUAAGCUGCCAUUCAACGGCGGGUAUAAAUGCACCGGUGACAUGGAAAAGUUCUCCUGCCAGCUCAACUGUCCCCCAGGAACUUCUCUAAGUAGCCCCUCAGUUGAUGUCUACACCUGUUUAUAUUCUACCGGAGUGUUUGAACCUCAACCGAUACCACAUUGCGUUGCAGAAAAUGUCGUCAUAAUCACUCCGAGUAGCCAUUAUACAAAUCCAAUAUAUGCACUUCACUCACCCAACGCAACGGAGCCUGAAAUCACGACAGCCUACCCGGUUGAGGGUCAUCCCUUAAUCGUGGUCCAAGACUUGACCCCCAAGGAAGGCCGCUGUUUCACGUGGGCUGGCGUGCACUAUAAGACCUUCGACGGAAUGAUUUACAGUUUCGAGUCUACGUGCGAACAUAUCCUCGUUCAAGACACCGAGCUCAGGUACAAAGUGGCUGUACGACACCCGCAUUGCGAGAGGAGAGGCUACUGUCCCUCCGAGAUCUCUGUAUACCUGGAGGACAAGAUGUACUCGCUCAGUGUUGGAGAGGAUGGUGCAGUGUUGUUCAGCAACGGAAAGCGUCUUAUACCGAUACCAGCAUUCCUGCCCGGACUCCGGGUACAGAUGCCGUCCGACAUUCUUAUCGUCAGCCUUGAUACCUUGGGAGUUGUUCUCAAAUGGGACACAAAUAACUUUAUUGUGGUGGAGGCCUCUGUUGCUCAAUGGAACAGCACUCGGGGUCUUUGUGGAACUCUAGACAGUGACCCAACCAACGACAUGACCACAAAGGAGGGCUCCAUCGCUAAAACUAAAUCCGUUAUGAUCGCGUCUUGGCAACUUAACAAAAUGAAUGAUAUUUGUGACGCAAGUACGAAGGACACUCACGCUUGUAUUACUAGUUCGGAGGAGGCAUUGAAAAAGGCGACUCAGUUUUGUACUAAAAUCUUCGCUAAGGACAAAUUCAGGCGCUGCUCGAAGGUAAUGGAAGUGUCGCAGCUAUUGGAAGCUUGCCAGUGGGAUUAUUGUGCGUGUGUGGACAGUUUGAGUCCUGAAGAAUGCGCUUGUAAAACCGUGUCAGUUUAUGCCAAGGAGUGUUUGAACCACGGCGUCGAAGAAAUGCGUUCAUGGAGGGAUUUUGAAACCUGUCCAAUGAAAUGUCCGGCUGGAAAGAUAUACCACUCGUGCGGACCAGACGUGCAGCCCAGCUGUGCCUUCCCCCAGGUCACUCCUGGAAAUAGCACCUGCGUCGAAGGGUGCUUCUGUCCCGAGGGCUUACUGCUUGAGGCCGGCCGCUGCGUCACCAAGGAAGAGUGUCCUUGCAGAUCCAGAAACAAGGUGUUCCCACCUGGAGCUGUUGUACCAAAGUGCUGUAACACCUGUAAAUGCGAGGCUGGUGCGUGGGUUUGCACGCAAGCGGCGUGUGGUGCACGUUGCAGUGCGAUCGGAGACCCGCAUUACACCACCUUCGACGGUCUGCGGUACGAUUUUAUGGGACAAUGUACCUACACCUUACUCAAGAGCGAUGACGUUUCCAUCGACGUGGAAAACGUCGCAUGUCCAAGGAAUACAGCAGAGGCAAUGAAUUUGAACCCGCACAAGGGAGAAAGUACUCUGUCGUGUACCAAAGCAGUGAGCCUCACGUACAAUGGAGCUACUAUCCAACUGAAGCAGGGCGGGUUUGUGAUGGUGAACGGCAAGGAGAUCGCCUCGCUCCCAGUCACCGUCGGCGACAUCAGGAUCAGGGCUGCCUCUUCGAUGUUCCUUAUAGUGCAACUACCUAUCAAGGUGGACAUCUGGUGGGACGGAGAUGACCGUCUGUAUGUCGACGUCCCACCCUCAUUCUCCGGCAAAACUACGGGCUUGUGCGGUACUUUCAACCUGAAUCAAAAAGAUGACUUCCUCACACCCGAGGGUGACGUGGAGCAGUCAGCUCACGCGUUUGCGAACAAAUGGAGGACCAGGGAGUUCUGCGAAGAUACCAGGACCGAGGCACCGGAACAUCCGUGCAAAGCCAACGUGGAGAACAAGGAAGCGGCCAUAGCUUACUGCAGCAAAUUGAAGAGCAACCUGUUUGAAUCUUGCCAUUGGCAUGUGGACGUAGAGCCGUUCUACGAGUCGUGUUUGUUCGACAUGUGCGCGAGCAACGGCGACAUCUCGCGGUUCCUGUGUCCGAUCCUGGGUGACUAUGCAAUGACGUGCGCCAUCAACGGCGUUAACAUACAGUGGCGAUACAACGUGAAGGAGUGCGAGAUGUCUUGCAGCGGCGGUCAGGAGUACACCGUGUGUGCGGACAGCUGCUUGCGUACCUGUGCAGACGUGGCGCAUACAGCCACAGAGCUGUGCAAGCCUACCUGCGUGGAGGGCUGUGCUUGUCCCACGGGACAGGUUUUGGAUAACAAUAAUGAAUGCGUCCCUGUUGCAAUGUGCCCGUGCUAUCACAAGGGUAUGGAGUUCAAACCUGGAUACAAAGAGGUUCGACCUGGCAGAAGAGAACGUGAGCUUUGUACGUGCGUAGGCGCACGUUGGGAGUGCGUGCCAGCGACGGACACGGAUAUUCUCAACUACCAGCCCGCUGAAGACAUCCGCUCUAACUGUAGUGCUGCCAACCAUAUGAUGUUCACCACCUGUCUGGUGGCCAGCCCACUCACCUGCAAGAACAUGCACCUACCGGCCUCAAUGACGACACAGGAAUGCCGACCGGGCUGCCAAUGUAAUAAAGGCUAUGUAUUGGACAGCAGCAGCAACAAGUGCGUGUUGCCCCAAAGCUGCCCCUGUCACCACGGCGGCAGGAGCUACCCUGAUGGACAUGAGAUGCAGGAGGAAUGUAAUACGUGUAAGUGUGAGAGCGGCCAGUGGUCUUGCACUCAGCAGCAAUGUGCCGGCGUGUGCGCAGCCUGGGGAGACUCGCACGUGGUCACCUUCGACGGCUCCGAGUACGACUUCGAGGGAGUCUGCUCCUACCUGCUCGCCAAGGGAGCCAUCGAGGGCAAAGACGGCUUCAGUGUUGAAAUUCAGAACGUUCCAUGUGGUACAACCGGAGCAACAUGCUCCAAGGCUGUGACGCUACGUGUGACCAGUGGAGAUUCUGACGAGGCUGUCGCGCUGAGUAGCAAUACCCCGCUAUCAAAACAAGAGAACAAACGUAUAAAAUUGCGUAAGGCGGGCAUAUUUACGUUCUUGGACGUACCAACUGCGGGUGUGACCGUGCAGUGGGAUGGAGGCUCGCGUGUUUACGUGCUACUCGACUCGGCAUGGAGGAAUAGAGUGCGGGGUCUGUGCGGCAACUUCAAUUCAGAUAUGCGAGAUGACUUCCAGACUCCAUCCGGUGGUGGUCUAGCCGAGACGUCUCCUUUACUCUUCGCUGACUCUUGGAAACUAAAACCAACCUGCCCCAAGCCAAAGGAGAGUACGGAUCACUGCGUGGAGCGUCCUCAUCGCAAGCAGUGGGCAUCUGGAACGUGCGGUCUGCUGAAGCAGUAUCCAUUCUCGCUGUGCCACUCCGAAGUGCCUGUGGAUGGAUACUUGCAGCGAUGCACGAGGGACGCGUGCGCGUGCGAUGCCGGAGGGGACUGCGAGUGUGCGUGCACCGCACUCGCAGCGUACGGGCAGGCGUGCGCCGCCCGUGGCGUACCCGUGCGCUGGAGAACAGACAAACUUUGUCCCAUGCAGUGUGAUGAGGAGUGCUCCAACUACAGAGAAUGUAUAUCGGCGUGCCCCCCAGAAACUUGUGACAACACCCUCGACUAUCCGGAUAUCAAAGCGGUGUGUGAGCACCAGACUUGUGUGGAAGGUUGCAAACAAAACAAGACCUGUCCCGAAGGCAGCGUGUACUUAAACAGCUCUUUGUCGGAGUGCGUUCCCCGUGCCAAGUGUCGGCCAGUGUGCAUGACGUUACCGGAUGGAAAGGUCAUCCUUGAAGGAGACAUCCUGGAAGAAGACGCGUGCCACACCUGUCGAUGUUCUAAGAAAAGUCGCGUAUGCAGUGGACAGCCCUGUCCCACACUUCUGACAAGUCCCGGUCCAACGUCAGCCCCAGAGACCACGCCGCACGACGAAGCCUUCCGCUGCAACCCUGGCUGGAGUCAAUGGUUCAACAGGAACGCGCCAGAUUUUAACACAACUGUAGCUCCAGUGGCCCUUGACGUCGAGCCUUUGCCUCGUCCUAAUGAAUUUGCGGCUGCAUCGCCGAUGUGUAGCAAGGAACAGAUGAAGACUAUCGAAUGUAGAACCGUUGGAGAUCACAGGAGUCCAAAGGAAACCGGUCUCAACGUAGAGUGUAGCUUGGAGAGGGGUCUCGUUUGUGAAGAGAAACAGAAGUUGUGCCCUGACUUCGAGAUUCGUGUCUUCUGCGAUUGUGCGCCGUUCCAAUGCUUGAACUCGAGUCACCCGAACAACCCUCAUCCUCACGACUGCUCCAAGUUUUAUGAGUGCACGCCAGACCCAGCCAACCCCGAGCAGCCCCACACAGUGCUGAAGGACUGUCCCCCCGGCCUGAUGUACCACCCGCAGCUCAUGGUGUGUGACUGGCCCAGCAACGUGCUUCCCAUCAGACCUGAGUGUUCUACAGACACUACAAUGGCACCAACGAAAGAGACAGUACAAUGUGACCAGGGCGAGGAGUACUCUGAGUGCGCGUUUCCAUGCGACUCACUUUGUGAUCACUUCAAGAGGAGUCUGCAAGAGAAGGGACAUUGUUCCUCGGAUGAGAAAUGCGUGUCCGGCUGUGUAAAUGUGACGAAGUGUGCGUUCGGCUCGCUGUGGCGCGACGAGCACACUUGUGUCCCGCCCAGAGACUGCACCUGCCUGUAUGACGGAAAUAUUGUCAAGCCUGGCGGAGUGAUCGUCGAUGGAUGCAGAAAAUGCCAGUGUAUAGACAACCAGUUGCACUGCGAUUCCAGCGAAUGUGUUACUAUCGAAAUACCCAAAGGCCCUACACACUCUCCCAUGAUAUUCCCUGAACCACAAAAAACAGUCUCAACUAUACACUUUUCAACGUCUACCACGUUCUCUACUACCCCGAUUCCAGUUACAACACUCACGCCCUCGUCUGAAUACGCAACUCCGACAACUGGUUACCCAAGUUCAACAACUGGUUACCCAAGUUCAACAACUGGUUUCCCAAGUUCAACAACUGGUCACCCAAGUUCAACAACUGGUUACCCAAGUUCAACAACUGGUCACCCAAGUUCAACCACUGGUUACCCAAGUCCAACAACAGGUUAUAAAAUUCCAUCAACAGGCUACCCUAGUUCCACAACAGAACAUCCAACUUCGACUCCAACAUCAACCGUACCGCCUACUCUUACUACAAUUAUAAUCAGGGCUACAGAAUCUCCGCCUCCUAAAUGUGAUCCGCAAAACUACAUGACACUACUCUGGGGCGACCAACAGCUACCAGACAGCUCAUUCAAAGCCAGCUCAGUUUAUAACGACCUGUUUAUGCCACAGUUCGCAGUGCUAGAUGGCCACCCACUCGAUAUCACUGCGGGAAGCUGGAACCCAGCAAUAGAGGAUAAGAAGCCGUUUAUCCAAGUGGAGUUGCCAGAGAAGACCCCAGUUUACGGUGUGGUGAUGCAGGGUAGCCCACUCUACAAUCACUUUGUGACCAGUUACGAGGUCAUGUAUGGAGAUGAUGGCAACGUUUUUUCGCCAGUCGAAACCCCAGAUGGGAAUCCUCAGAUAUUCCGCGGACCAGUCGACCACAAAAACCAAAUGAAGCAAAUGUUUGAUCGUCCUUUCGAAGCAAAGUUCGUACGCAUUCUCCCACUGACCUGGCACGAAGAGAUCGCAGUACGCUUCGAGCUUAUUGGGUGCAAAGAGAUCGUUUCUACCACGUCUACGGCCGCCCCUACCACUCCUUCUACCGCUGCCUCUACAACUGUUUCUACUGCCGCCACUACCACUGUUUCUACUGCUGCCUCUACCACCACUUCAACAAGCACUUCUACUACCAUUACGACUACUACUACAGUUGCUCCUGAAAUACUUGAGACGACAAGUACUACGUUGGUAUACACAACUCCGGAGCCACUCCAGUGUACUGAGCCGCUGGGGAUAUCCGCUGGGCUUCCGAUUGAGAUGAUAGAAGUCAGUUCUCACAACGAGGAUCGCCAGUAUUUAACUCUCAACUCAACCAGGGGAUGGCAACCACUAUACUCCACUCCCGGCGAGUGGAUCAUGUUCAACUUCACAUCACCACGCAAAAUAACUGGCAUUAAAACGAAGGGUGGCACCAAGGGCUGGGUGUCAGCCUUCAACAUCAUGUACACAACCGAUCUUACCACCUUCAACCCGGUGCUGGAUACAUCGGGAGCCCCCAAACUGUUCCCGGCUAACUUCGACAAAGACACACUUGUUAUGAAUGAGUUCAGGCCUCCGUUAAAUGCGCAAUAUUUGAAGGUGUUGCCAAUUAAAUGGCAGAACAGCAUCGAGAUCAGGGUUGAACCCGUAGGCUGCUUUGAGCCAUACCCUGUCACAAAAGCACCGAAAUCUGAUCGCGCGCUAGCUCCUUGUGAACUGUGCCCUGGCGUGCCAACGACGUCAUCAUGCAAGUGCGGGCCAACACUCUACUACGACGGGGAAAAUUGUGUAACCAGGGAUCAGUGUCCGUGUAUGGUCGGAUUUAUUUCAUACACGGUAGGCUCCAUGUUCCGCGGUGAUAACUGUGACGAAUGUAUAUGUAAACUGGGCGGGAUCACGGACUGUAGACCCGUCACACAGUGCGUCUGUAAGCCGGAUCUGGUUCCGAAAUUAUCUCCGAGUUGUGAGUGUCUCUGCGAGCCGUGCAGCAACGGCACGAAGAUUUGCCCAACCAGCAAACUAUGCCUUCCCACGGAGAAGUGGUGUGACGGUCUUCAGGACUGCCCUGAUGAUGAGCGAGACUGCGCAGUCGUUACGGAGACUGCAAAAACCAUCGUGGUGCAUACUGAGGCUGCGACUAAACCCACAACACACCUUGCAACUACUCCAGUGACUACUUUGGCAACUACUGAGAAACCAUUGGAGUGCCCAAAAGUUGAGUGUCCCCCGGGCUACUUCGUCAAACAAACAACCAAAACUCACUCAAGUUAUUCAUCUGCCGACACGGACUUGCCCCCGCCGCGACCUCGGUACUCUUACCAGAGGUUCCGCAAAGGAGGAUACGCGAAGGGAGGCUUCUCUAAAGGAGGAUUCUCUAAGACUGGAUUCUCCAAAGGAGCGUACUCGAAAGGAGGCCGAAAUGGCCUUCCCGCACCACCGCGGCAAACGCAAGCGUUCACCCUGGAGAAGCCAACAUCUGCCAACACGACUAAGAAACAAGAGUGCGUACAGUUCAAAUGCGUACCGAACCUGCCGCCGCCGUACAGGCCCGGGGUCACGCCCAAGCCCGUGGAGUGCUCCACGCCUGUUUGUCCGCGACAUUAUACGCUUAAAUUGGAAAGUGUACCGGAUGAAAUCAAUAAGUGCCCACAAUACAUCUGCGUACCGCCGGUGGAGCGCCCAGCAUUCUGCAACGUGACGGGGCGCUCCUUCACCACCUUCGACGGCACAGAGUACAAAUACGACGUCUGCUACCACAUCCUGGCCAGGGACAACAAGUUGGGAGCCUGGACUGUCCUCAUCCGCAAGAAAUGCCGUUUGGAAGGUUGUAUGAACGAGCUCCUGGUACUUCAAGAUGACCAACUAAUCCUAGUGAAGCCGAACCUGAUGAUAGAAUACGACAACUAUGAAUAUACAGUUGAGCAGACCAGCAAGAUCUGCUUCCAGAAGAAUAGCUUCGAUGUUUUCCGCCAAGGAAAGGGUAUCGCUAUCAAAUCCAGGAAAUAUUUGUUCUUUGUCAUGUAUUUGCCCGACGGUGAUGUAAAAAUUGGGGUACAUAAGAAGUACAUGGGGUCAGUGGACGGGCUGUGCGGCCUGUUUGACGGCGACGCGAGCAACGAUCGCACCUUGCCCGACGGAACCCUGGCGACGUCGAUAAGUCAGUUCGCGCGGAGUUGGGCGAAGCCAGGGUUGCCUCCCGACGCGUGCCAGACCAAGGUCAUCCCGCCGCAGAAACAGAAGCGGGUUUGGGAUCUCUGCAAUGUUAUAACCGAAAAGCCACUGUCUGAAUGCGCCAAGGUGCUAAACCUCGAUAAAUGGCGCAACAUAUGCCUGGAGAAGAUAUGCGAGUGCGCGGAACUAGCCACAGACGGCAUCAAGAGGACAGAGGAGGAGUGUAGGUGUCUGCUACUGGAGCAGCUGGUAGCGGAAUGUCUGGCCGCUGACAAAAACAUCGAUGUUAGCACGUGGAGAAUACAGAACGGAUGCCGCGCGGAGUGUCCGCCCCCGCUGGUUCACUACGACUGCUACCGCAAGGGAUGCGAGCCGGCGUGUGGUGCGCCCGCGCAGGCGCAGUGCCCGCAGGUGGAGGGGCAGUGCUUCCCCGGCUGCUACUGCCCCGAGGGCACGCUGCGGAAGGAAGACAGGUGCCUUGCACCACACGACUGUAUCGACUGUGUAUGCACAGGGCUGGGUACUCCAGCCAAGUAUGUGACUUUUGAGGGAGAUGACCUUCCCUUCCUGGGCAACUGCACCUACCUCGCCUCCAGAGACCGAAGUGAGACGGGACAGCAUAAGUAUCAGGUAUACUCAUCGAAUGGCCCGUGCGAAGAGAGCAAGGACGCAGUCUGCACAAAGAUCGUCCAUCUGAUGUAUGGAACCAAUAUCAUCCAUGUGACGAAAGAUCCACACACGAAAAAGUUGGUGACGACAGUGAACGGCAGGCAAGUGUUCCGGUACCCGUUUGACAACGAGUGGGCCGUCGUCAGCCCCGUGUACGGGCAGGACGUCAGCAUCAUGCUGCCCGACCUACACGUUGAGCUGCAAGUGACACAAAGCAAGCUGGAGUUUAGCGUGCGGCUGCCUUCACAUCUGUAUGGGAAUCGAUCCGAGGGUCUGUGCGGAGUCUGCGCCGGCUAUCAGGAGCAUCUCGUAACCAGCAAUGGAACUGUCACCGAUGACUUCGAACUGUACGGCAAGAGUUGGAAGGCCAGCCCUGAAGUCCUGGCGUCACUGGAAGUACCGCCGCAGGAGCAAUGCGGCGAGGUGAUCCCCGAACCCGAGUGCGUGCCGCUGCCUCCAGAGGUGAACCCCUGCUACAACCUGCACAACGUUGAUAAAUUUGGACCGUGCCACGCGCUCGUAGACCCAGAGUCAUACAUAGAGUCCUGUCAGCGAGAGCUGUGCGACUUGAACUCCACAAAUGCGUGCCCCAGUCUGGAGCGGUACGCGGACGAAUGCAGGCGCCAAGGCAUCUGUCUGGAUUGGAGAAGCGGUCUCUGCCCGACCACUUGUGAAGCACCGCUAGUGCAUAGAGCGUGUGUAGACUGCGAACGGACUUGCGAGAACUAUGAGGAAUUCAAAAAGGACCCGGCGAGCUGCCGUACCCCGCCUGCCGAAGGCUGCUUCUGUCCACAAGGCCUUGUGCGAGUGAACAGCACGUGUAUAGAGCCUUCCAAGUGCUUCCCGUGCGACUCCAACAGCGAACACUACGCAGGCGACGAAUGGCAGGAGGAUGCGUGCACGAAAUGCACGUGCAGUAGGGUCGGGGAGCAGAACGCAGCGCAUGUAGCAUGCACCACGCAGGUGUGCUCUGUGCCCGUGUGUUUGCAGCACGAGGACCUGGUGAAGAAGGCUGUCAAGCCCUCUGCCUGUUGCCCGGAGUAUAUGUGCGUACCAAAGCCCACACAACCACAAAUCCAAUGCGAGGAAGCCAAAAAGAUGGACUGCGGUUUCGGACAAGUGUUGAAACAGAAAAUCAACUCAAAUGGAUGUCAAGAGUUUGCGUGCGAAUGCAAGCCCGCGAGCGAGUGCGAGGUGAUACCUGACGACAGCCAGGUAGAGAUGCUGGAGCCUGGAGUGGAGCGCGUGGUGGACAACAGCGGCUGCUGUCCCAAGGUGGAACUGCUGUGCCGCGCCGACAAGUGCCCCAGGCCGCACCCCUGUCCGGAGUUCCAUACCCUCGAGGUGCGCAACAUCACGGGGAAAUGCUGCCCGGAAUACAAUUGCGAACUACCCAAGGACAAAUGCGUGGUGACUGUUGAAUGGGAAGCAGCAGCUAGCGGCGGAGAGAAGUCACGACCCGAGCCUCUGAGGAUGAUCAAAGAUCUGGAUGAGUCGUGGACGGACGGGCCGUGUCGGUCGUGCCGGUGCGUGUCUUCGGCUGGAGCGCGUGACAAACCCAGCCCGCAGUGCAGCGUGACGCAGUGUCCCGCCGCCGUGUCCGAGCAGUACGUGACGGAGACGCGCCCAGUGCCUUUUGCGUGCUGCCCGCGUCACGUGCACGUCGCGUGUCGGUACCAGAAUCAAGCAUACAAGGUUAACGAAACCUGGAAGUCACCAGAAAAACCCUGCGAGUCGUUCCUCUGCAAGGAGAUAGGUGAUGGAGCGCUCGAGGUGGUCACCACCAUGCAAACCUGCGAUACCACUUGUCAGCCGGGCUGGCAAUACUUCCCCGCACCGGACAGCGACCAAUGCUGCGGUCGAUGCCAGCCCGUAGCGUGCGUUGUGGACGGACGCACACGCAAUAUCUCCGAGACGUGGAAGUCCGACGAUUUCUGCGUCACCUAUACCUGCGUCGAUCUUAAUGGAACUCUACAAGUGCAGUCGACCAACGAGACGUGUCCGAAGAUAGCCGAGUCCACACUGAAGCAGUUCGUAGUGAGCGAGGAGCACACGGCCGGCCAGUGUUGUGCCAAGCGGGAGCUCGUGGCCUGUCGCUACCAGAAUGAUAUUUAUCAGGACGGUCAAACAUGGAACACAUCUGACCCGUGCAAGAAAUUAACAUGUUCGCGUGACGCGGCGGGACAACUCAGUCACGUGGAGCACGUCGAGAGCUGCGAGCGGGACUGCAAGCCGGGCUGGGGAUACGAGGCACCGUCCGCAGAUGUCUGCUGCGGCCGAUGUGUCAAGCAAAAGUGCGUUAUCGGCCAAGAGUUGAAAGAACCCGGAAGUGUUUGGAAGUCUGUGGACAACUGCACUACAUACUCGUGCGAGCGCGCAGACGGCGACGUGUUCGUGACGUCAUCGCGGGUGCAGUGCGCCGACGUGAGCACGUGCGCUGACGAGGACAUUGUGCUGGAGGAGUGCUGCAGGGUCUGCAAGCUGAGGCCCAGCUCCCUAUCGAGCUGCGUUCCCGUGGAGAUCAGCCCGGCGGAGUCUGUGGGUCUGAUCCGCGUGCGACUGGCAGCGCACGGUCUCUGUGUCAAUAGUGACACCAUCCGGGGCUUCCGCGAGUGCCGCGGCUCCUGCGAGUCAGGCACCCUCUACAACAACCAGACGGGCAGCCAUGACUCGAGCUGCGAGUGUUGCCAGGCGAGCCAGUACGAGCCUCUGACAGUUCCGCUGCGCUGUGAAGACGGACACAGGCAGCUCCACCGCGUGGCCUCGCCCAAGGUGUGCGGAUGUCUGGGCUGCGGCGCCCGGCCACAUCCAGCUAAAGGUCGUCGUCCGGCCUCUGAAGAUGAAUACGCCAUCCCGCACGUAUACGCAAGAUUCGGGGACACAACGGAUCGCAAAAAAUAGACUAACUAGAUAAACAAACCAUAUUGAGUAGGUGCUACCGCCAAGACCGAUAAAAUCUAGGCAUCUUCUAGAAGUAACAGCACUAUCAGCAGUUCUGGCACUAUUUAUAACCAUUUUUUUGCACACUUACGGCACAAAUCUUGACUACAAAAAAAUGUACACUGUUUUUGUAUUCUAACUUAACGUGUAUAAUAAAUAAAUAAGUAAAAA